AGAGAACAGGGGGAACUGGAGAAAUGAAACGGACAAGUGGCCUUGUCUUUUUAGCAGCUGCCAACCUUAUGGACUGAUUCUUUAAACAGAACAGAUGGACAGUGCCUCCUGACAUUUCUGAUUUAGAAAGUGCACUUAAUGACAAAAACAAAGGAUCAUUUUUUCUUGGUGUUAUACUGAAACAAAGAGUGAGCAUUUCUUUUUGUAAAGCAUAGGAAUUGCAGUUUCUAUGCAGUGCCUCGUAAGAUGUGGUGGGAGCAUGUAAGACCCAUGAGAAAGAGGUGUGAGAGCUAAGAGUCCUGAGUUCGACAGCUGGUCAGAUCUUUUCAUCUUCCUGACAGACAAGCAUGUACCUCUAUGGACUUGAUGAUUCUGAAGUGGGAUCAGCCGAUUCUUACACCAGCAGACCCUCCGACUCAGAUGUGUCCCUGGAGGAGGACAGGGAAGCGCUAAGAAAAGAGGCUGAGCGGCAGGCAUUGGCACAGCUGGAAAAGGCUAAGACCAAACCAGUUGCCUUUGCUGUCCGGACAAACGUGGGCUACAACCCAUCUCCCAGCGAUGAUGUCCCCGUGCAGGGACUUGCGAUCUCCUUUGAGCCCAAAGACUUCUUGCAUAUCAAAGAGAAAUACAACAAUGAUUGGUGGAUCGGCCGACUGGUGAAGGAGGGCUGUGAGGUUGGAUUCAUUCCAAGUCCUGUGAAGCUGGAGAGCCUGCGGGUACAGCAGGAGCAGAGGAUGCGUCAGAACCGGCUGAGUUCAAGUAAAUCUGGAGGGAAUUCCAGUUCCAGCUUGGGAGAUGUGGUAACUGGAACUAGAAGGCCUACUCCACCCGCUACUGGCAACCUGGACAUGACUAACUUAGCUUAUGAUGUAGACACCUAUGACAUAGAUGCUGAAGAGAUUGAUCCAAACAACCGCUCCCCUAAAACUAGCGUUAACAGUGUCACCACACCCCAGUCCAAUGCAAAGCGAAUGCCCUUUUUUAAGAAGACAGAGCAUGUCCCACCUUAUGAUGUUGUACCUUCUAUGAGACCGUUCAUCCUAGUGGGGCCUUCUCUAAAAGGAUAUGAGGUGACAGACAUGAUGCAGAAAGCAUUGUUCGACUUUCUUAAGCACAGAUUCGAAGGAAGAAUAUCGAUCACAAGGGUUACUGCUGACAUCUCUCUUGCCAAACGCUCAGUAUUAAACAACCCAAGUAAACAUACAAUUAUAGAACGUUCCAGUACCCGGUCCAGUCUUGAUGUUUUGGCGGAAGUACAGAGUGAAAUUGAACGGAUUUUUGAACUAGCCCGGACUCUUCAGUUAGUAGCCCUGGAUGCUGACACCAUCAACCAUCCAGCUCAGCUGGCCAAGACCUCUUUGGCACCGAUCAUUGUUUACAUAAAAAUUGCGUCCCCCAAGGUGCUACAGCGGCUAAUCAAAUCACGAGGGAAAUCUCAGGCCAAACACUUGAACGUCCAAAUGGUUGCAGCAGACAAGCUGGCUCAGUGUCCUCCUGAAAUGUUUGACGUCAUUUUGGAUGAAAAUCAGCUAGAAGAUGCCUGUGAACAUCUGGCAGACUACUUGGAAGCUUACUGGAAGGCAACGCAUCCACCCAGCAGUAACCCUCCCAACCCACUCCUCAACCGCACCAUGGCAACUGCCGCUCUGGCUGCAAGUCCAGCACCCGUCUCCAACCUCCAGGUACAAGUUCUCACCUCCCUCAGACGUAAUCUCGACUACUGGGGUAUCUUGGAGGGCCACGAUGAAGCUGAGGAUCAAGCAAAGGAGGAAGAACAUGCUCUUUAAUCUACUGUCAACAUGGGAGGGAGGAAGGGAGCGAAACAUAUAGUCUGUAACUAUUAAAAGCAAAAUAAAGAAUCCUGAUAUCUCCCUGCUUCUGCACUUCCAUGAUGUCCUUCCCCAGGCACUGGUAACAAACUGCCAUUAUGAAGGGUAGUAACUUGGUAACUUGUUUUCUGUCUCCUGUCCAACAAUUCUUCUGGAGAGCCAUAGCAUAUUUAUUUAGUGGUAUGAUCUGGAAUGUCCUGCCCCUCAUGUUUUCAGAUUUGUGAAGUUCCGAACAAACAUGCCUUACUUACUAUUUCAGAAUUUAAGUUGGUAAUGAGGACAUUUUCUGGAAAAAUAAACAUAAUAAUGAACUGUU